AUGAACAAUUUAUAUAUCAAUGUUUGUAAAUUCUUCAAGUUUGUGCAACGAAUACUCUUUGGAAUAAUGUCUUUGGCUAUUAAAAAAAAUGAUAAUAAACAAGUUGAAAUGAGCUCUAGUCUUAAUUAUUUAAUAACCAAAGGAGACAAUACUUUGAUGAGAAAAUUCUCAUUGACAGAUCUUCCAGGAAUUUGUGAUGAAUUAGAGCGGGUGAUAAAUUAUCUGAAAAGCUCAACUAACAUAGAGUACUUUUUAUACGAUUAUCCAGGAAUUCUUGAAGCACGUUUGGAAAACAAUAUACUAGAGCUUCACAGUCUACUGAGAGAAAUAAAAAGUGUAAAUUUAAGUAUUCAGCAGCAAAAUCAGCAAAAGAUUCUCUUCAACAAAGAGAAAAUUUCCUUGAAAAAAGCUCUCAAGAAAUUAAAAGAUUGUGAAAUUCGUGAAAUGGAGACUGUGGUUUCUCUCUUCGACAAAGCAAUGUUCAUCCACUGGGAAAAAAUUAAAAGUACUCGCAAACCAGAAGUCCUGGAGCAAUUUUUGUCAGAUGUAAUGAGUAAACAGUUGGCACUUGAUAAUCUCAACGUCUUGGCAGCGAGAAAACUGACAAAUCUUAGAAAAUUUCCCAAGGGAAAAUGCAGUUCCAUAAAAAAAAAUGAGAGCAAUUCAUCAACAACUGAAAUAUCAAAAAUUCCACUGCCUCCCCUUCCCACAUGGGCCAUGACCAAUUACACAAGUUGCAAUCUUCCCUCUCUAAUUAACGACGACUCCAUCAGAAUUGAAUCGAUAGAUGAAGAGUUGGACCUUUGACCUGUGACAAAAAAUAAAUAAAACCUUUCGUACCGACUCUGUGAUGACCCACGGUAGUUUAGGAAGAAAACUGAGAACCUCAUCCGAGAAUCUAGAGUGUGGUACAUCGUGCUCCAGGAGAAGCACCUCAUUCUCGGUCUCUUUAUCGCCAACGUUGCCAAGAGCCCUGACAAAAUGCCCCAGUGGGUACCUCGAAGUCCUCGGCCAUGAGUCUAUAGCAACGAUGAUCCUCUGCUUGUAAAGAUUCUCCGCCUGUCUCGUCUCAAUUCUCACCUUUGGGAUCUUCCUCUCAGCAGGAACAAAGAGAUGUCUAACAUUCUGUA